GAAUGGGCUGUACAAUGGGGCUAGGGGCUUGUAAUGGGGCUUGGGUUCACAUGUGAGAUCAGUUUUCUUUUCUUCUUUGAGGGAUCUUGGGGGAUUUCUCUGGUGGUAGAUCUCCUAUUAUUCUCUAGCUUGUCUUUUAUGUUAUAAAUAAUGUUAGUGGUAAUUGUACAUUAAUUUAAGUAGGCCACUUGGUACUUGUUAAAAGAGAUGGUGAAUAGAGAUCAUGAUGUGAAUUGGUUGUUUGAAUCAAAUAGAACACAUGCUUGCAAUAAAAGUAACUUGGAAAAUCCACCCCAUAUUGUCAGGAGGACUCGAUCAAGAAAGCCUCUUGCGAGCAUUGAGACUGAUCAGGCAGUACAGAAAGCUCAUUUACAAGCUUCAUGGGACAUCUCUCUUUAAAGAAGAGGUGCGACAAGCUAGACUUUCCAAAGGCUUUAAGUUCUCAGAGUCGUUCAAUAUAAAGGCAGCGUGUUCCGUUGAUAAUUAUGAAAGUACAAGAUUAAGAUUGGUGUUUGGGGCUAGUUUCGAAAGUCUUCCACACAAAGUUGAUAGUGAGGCUGUGAAUUUUGCUGGUGAUAGCAGCGACACAAGGUGGUUCUAUAAGAAGGGAGACCACGAGUAUGCGGUCCUUCGUUUCAUGGGACCAUUAUCAGGGUAUCAACCCAAGUCCCACAUCGGAAGAAUAAGCAAGAUUUUCCUUGAAUAUAAAUGUUUAAGCUACUCCAUUGGUAUGAGGAAUUUUGAGAAAGUGCCCAAAAAUAACAUCUUGAGGGCUUAGUCCCAAAGCGAAAAAUAUCAUAAUGGCAAUGUGCGAGUUAAGGUGGGGUGGCAGCCCAAGAAGGUUUAAUAACGGGUGACAACACAUAAUUACACUUACAUAAGUAAUGUCACAAAAUUUUGUUUACAAAGUAUAUUUAGAUACAAUAAAUUAAACAAUUUUACAAAACAAACCAUAGUGAAAAACUCAUUUGCUUUAUAUAUGUCUAAGACAUGUACACUUGGAACACUUAUUUUAUUUUCAUUUCA